CAGACAAUUCUAGCACCUUGAUAUUCGCCCACAAACACAGCUCACAAUGCCUACGGCCGUCAACAGCACCUCUGGUGCGCCCUCCGCGGCCAACAGAGAGUCGAACAACCUCUCUGUCAACGAUAGAAUCAGCCGCUUCACAGCUCCUAGCCGAUCUCUGACUCCUCCCAACGACCACACUCUCUUCCACUCCAAGACUCGAUGCUUCGUCUACGGUCUACAACCUCGUGCUGUGCAAGGCAUGUUGGAUUUCGACUUCAUCUGCAAGCGCAAGACUCCCUCUGUCGCUGGUAUCAUCUACACUUUUGGCGGUCAAUUCGUCAGCAAAAUGUACUGGGGAACCAGCGAGACUCUUCUACCAGUCUACCAGUCUGUAGAGAAGGCCAUCGCGAAGCACAGCGAGGUUGACACCGUGGUCAACUUUGCCUCCUCCCGCAGUGUCUACCAAUCGACCAUGGAGCUGAUGGAGUACCCUCAGAUCAGGUCAAUUGCGAUUAUUGCAGAGGGUGUACCAGAGAGGCGUGCCCGUGAGAUCCUGCACGUCGCCAAGAAGAAGGGCAUCACCAUUAUUGGUCCUGCCACCGUCGGUGGUAUCAAGCCAGGUGCCUACAAGAUUGGUAACACGGGUGGUAUGAUGGACAACAUCGUUGCUUCUAAGCUCUACCGCCCGGGCUCUGUCGCAUACGUCUCCAAGUCGGGAGGUAUGUCGAAUGAGCUGAACAACAUCAUUGCCAACACCACCGAUGGUGUCUAUGAGGGUGUGGCUAUCGGAGGAGACCGAUACCCCGGCACCACUUUCAUCGACCACUUGCUCCGCUACGAGGCAGACCCGAACUGCAAGAUCCUCGUGUUGUUGGGUGAAGUUGGUGGUGUUGAGGAGUACCGCGUGAUCGAGGCCGUCAAGUCCGGCCAAAUCAAGAAGCCAGUCGUCGCAUGGGCAAUCGGCACUGUCGCUGGUAUGCUGAAGACUGAGGUCCAGUUCGGUCACGCCGGUUCCUUUGCAAACUCUCAACUCGAGACUGCCAACAUGAAGAACAAGUCUAUGAAGGAAGCUGGUAUCUUUGUUCCAGAGACCUUCGAGGACAUGCCCGCCAUGCUCGCUGAAGUCUACCAGGGACUGCUGAAGAAGGGCAUCAUCAAGCCAGCCGCUGAGCCUAUCGUUCCCAAGAUUCCAAUUGACUACUCGUGGGCGCAAGAACUAGGCCUCAUCCGUAAGCCAGCUGCAUUCAUCUCCACCAUCUCCGACGACAGAGGCCAGGAGCUCCUCUACGCCGGUAUGCCAAUUUCCGACGUCUUCAAGGAGAACAUCGGUAUUGGUGGUGUAAUGUCUCUGUUGUGGUUCCGUCGCCGUCUGCCAGACUUUGCUAGCAGGUUCCUCGAGAUGGUUCUCAUGAUGACUGCCGAUCACGGUCCGGCUGUGUCUGGUGCUAUGAACACGAUUAUCACCACCAGAGCUGGCAAGGAUCUGAUAAGCGCACUGGUCAGUGGUCUCUUGACAAUUGGCUCAAGAUUCGGUGGUGCUUUAGAUGGCGCCGCAGAGGAGUUCACCAAGGCAUACGACCAAGGCAUGAGCCCGCGCGACUUCGUCGAUACCAUGAGGAAGGAGAACAAGCUCAUUCCCGGUAUUGGACACAGAGUCAAGUCAAGAAACAACCCGGAUCUGCGUGUCGAGUUAGUCAAGGAGUUUGUGAAGAACAACUUCCCCACCUACAAACUCCUCGACUACGCGCUGGCUGUAGAGACUGUCACAACGUCCAAGAAAGACAAUUUGAUCCUCAACGUUGACGGCUGUAUCGCCGUUUGCUUUGUGGACCUGCUCCGCCACAGUGGUGCCUUCACACCCGAAGAGGCAGAGGACUACCUCAAGAUGGGUGUGUUGAACGGUCUGUUCGUUCUCGGACGCAGCAUCGGUUUGAUUGCGCAUUUCCUCGACCAGAAGAGACUACGGACUGGUUUGUACCGUCACCCAUGGGACGACAUCACCUACCUUCUCCCCAACCUCGCAGGUGGAGCACCUGGCAACGAGGGCCGUGUCGAAGUCAGUAUGUAAAGAAGGGAAAGGGAAAAAGAGGUUUUCAUUAGGUGAAUGUACAUUUGAAGCAUUCUUGUUG